AUGCAUUUUUCUAUUCCUGAUUUACAACAAUAUCGAGAUGACAACGGACUUACUUAUACGGGCUAUAACAUCCACAUUGAUGGAUUUUUUCACUGCACAGCGCGCUUUAAACAGCUGCUUAGUCUGCACGAGCAAUUGCAGGCACAAUAUCCCUUUUUAAAGCUACCACAGUUUCCACCUAAAAAGCUUUUUCUAACAAGUUCACAAUUGGAAGAGAGGAGAGUACUCUUAGAGAAAUAUAUACAACUUGUGGGCCAAAAUCCAGUUUUAUCUACCUCUGGUAUAUUAAUGACAUUUCUCUUAUCUGCCCAACAAGAAACACAUAAUAUCAAAGUACAUGUUGUGGACAUAGAAAUCUCUUUGAUGAACGGUUAUAGAAUACCGUUGUCUGUAUCCUCAACAGAUACAUCAAGCACUGUAUUAGAAAUAGCUUGUAAUUAUGUAAAUUUACCAAAACACUUGACAAAAUUCUUUUCACUGUACUUGUUUAAUUGGAGCUUUGCGAAAGAUGGACAGCCAAGUUUAAAGAAAUUAGAGGAUUUUGAAUCUCCCUAUAUAUCUCAGAAACAUGUGAGACCUGAUGAUAAAAUUGUGUUACGGAAAAGCUAUUGGGAUCCCUGUUAUGAUAGCGAUUUGAUUCAAGACAGAGUUUCUAUAGACUUAUUAUAUUUACAAAUAAUUGAAGAUAUAGAUUUGGGCUGGAUAACAGUUGAUUCUGAGACGCGGGAAGCACUUGCAUCUUUUGAAACAAAAAAACAGAAGAAAGAGUAUAUUGAAUUAGCAAGAACUGUAAGACAGUAUGGCAGGAUACCAGCAGGGGAAGCAACAACUGAAGCGGUCAAUAUCGGAGAAAUGGGUGGAACGAUGAUAAGAGUUCAUGUAUCACUAGCCUCUAAGGAACUAACACUCACUAGUGUCACAAAUCCAUGUCAUGAACAAAGAUAUAAAGUUACAAGGAUGAGGUGCUGGAGGAUUACAACUUUACAUUCCAUUGAUAGACAAAUAAAUGGUCAUAGUUCUUUACUGGAGGAACCCAGCAAGAAUUUUGAGCUCUCUUUUGAAUAUCUACUAAGCAAGGACAAUCUAGUUUGGGUCACAUUGAAAACUGAGAAUGCUAUAUUUAUAAGUGUUUGCUUACAGUCAAUAGUAGAUGAGUUGAUGCGUCAGAAAAAUGGUGAAGGGCCGACGUCACCGCGGUGCAAACGCGCCAGCCUAACUUACUUGCGACGAGACGGCUCGAGUCAAUUGAUAACACCUUCAUCUUCCAGCGAUACACUUAGUUCUGUGAAUGGAGAUUCCUGCACGUCAGGUAGCUCACGCGAAAUAUUCUCAGUACAGAAGUUGACUGAAAAAUUUGCAUCUGUAGCUUUCAAGACGGGAAAGGACUGCGUUGAAAAUAAUGCCUUUGAGGCUAUAGGCGAUGAAGAGCUGUAA